AUGUUGAUGGAUCAUCAUAUCCUCUUCAAACCUCUCAAAAGUUUCCCUCUCAAAUCCUCAUCUCGACCAUCCAUCAUUCCCCCCAUCACUUCCAUCAUCCCUCUCGGCCGAUUUUAUUCUUCUCCUUCUACCUCUUCAGAACCACCAGUUCAUGUUCCUGUAUCGCUCAUCUCACAACUACGUAAAUCUCGCCCUGUACCUCUUUCCUUAGCUCGAGAAGCUCUUGCUAAAUCUUCUCUCGACAUCCAACGUGCGCUGGAAUAUCUUGAUUCGUCUUCUUCUUCUUCGGCCAAAGCGGACAAACUUUCAUCUCGACCGACUUCUCAGGGUACUGUAGCAGUCAGAUUGUUGGGAUCGAAAAGAGCUUCAAUGAUACAUUUAGGAUGCGAAACUGAUUUCGUCGCUGCUACAAGGACAUUUCAAGAAUUAGCAUCUGGGAUAGCUGGUACUGCUGCUUUUCUAGAUGUCCCAAUUAUCUCUUCCCCCGACUCUAUCCAAAUCCCCUCUUCUUCCACUUCUUCUUCCACUUCUUCUUCCAACUCUUCCAUCCCUUCUAUCAAAUCGAUAUCUUCCAAUAAAUCUUCAACUAUAUCUUCCGAAUCAACCCGAACCAAAGGAAUAACAAUUGAUAAACCCACACAUCCCGAAGAGAUUCUUUCUUUCCCUACCGAAGCUCUACUUUCCGCACCCAUGAUCACCCUUCCGGAGAAUGACGAACAAAUCAGUCUUCCUGAUCCUCAAACAGUCCAACAACGUAUUCUUUCCAGUCUUGGAGAAACUGGCGAAAACUUAAAAUUACUUCGAGCAGUCAGUUAUGCCGCUCCAUUCCCAAGUGAUCCGAAUAUCCGUUAUGUACCAGGAGUCUAUUCACAUCAAGGUAAAGUAGCUAGUUUAGUGGUUCUUUCUGUCAUCUCGGCAGAUCCUGAGAAACCUAUCGCUAGUUUGGUUCAUGGACCCGGAGGACCAGAAUUGGAGAAUGGAUUGAACGAGUUGGCACGAGGUGUGGCUAGACAAACGGUAGGAUUUCCUACGAGAAGAAUAGAGAAAGGAGAGGUCGAGAAUGAGGAAGGAGAGGUUUUGUUGGAUCAGGAUGGGAUGAUGUUGAGUAUUUCGGCUGGAGGAGAAGGUGGGAGUGUAAGGGAUAUUUUAGAUAGAUGGGGGAAUGAAAGAGGUGUCAAGGUGAAGGUUGUAGGGAUGAAAAGAUGGAGUAUCUCUGAUGAUCUUGAAGGGAGUGAUGAGAAGGUUUAG